AUGAGCAGCAGGGAGAAGCAAGGGCGAAUGUUUGAUUUCAGCUUGAUCCAGUCAGAUAGAUCGCUUCCGAACUUGUGGCGGAAAAGAGAUGGCAUCGGCGGCUGCCACGUCAAGGGCUGCCUCCCGCCCCGCCGCGGCAGCCCCACCUACCGGCCGGCCGGGGCUUUUUCAUCUCAACGUGGAGGAAACCCCGUCAAGAUUGACACCGUGACCAGUGGUGCUGCCGAGCUCCGAAGAUAUCGAGGCGCAGGCAGCCAGGAUGAAAAUCUGUCGAGUCACCAGCAUGCGCUGGACGCUGAGUUGUUCGUGAGGACUCCGACUCUCCAUGAGGCCAUCUUCAGCUCCGCAUGGAUGUGGCUAGGGCUCACUGCUUAAAGGUCCGUCUUGAUAUGUAGUAGAGGGGCUACCUAUGACGUCAUGGCUUGGCAUUCCAACGACCCUUUUGCGACCACUGGCUCGCCUGGUUGACGACCGACCACCAAAAAGUGUUCGCAAAGCCGAGCGGAUCUUUACAUUGAAACGCGCACGACGCGUCUUGCAUUCCUCUAUCCCCAAUGAAACGCAGCUCGCCAGGCCUGCGCCACACCUCCACACCUUGCCGAUUUCGCCGCUCUCGUUGAUCAACAUGUAGCCGGUGUUAUUCGUGGACAGGCGUCCAUACACUACACUAGUUCUAGCAGGCGAUUUGAACAAAAGUCCGGACACUCACUGGGUCUGGUUCGGUAUAAGCGUGUCCGGACUAAUUGUUCACAUCGCCUGACUAGGUACGGCGAGAAGCCUCUCUGAAAGGGGCAUAUGCUGGAAGUGUCGUGCGUGUGACGUACACGUACGGCUCGUCCACCUCUCCUUCCCUUCGCUGGCCUCAAGUUUCAAGCCAUCCUCCAGUUAUCGUGGUGAGGACUCCAACUGGUGGUGUUGGGGUUAACGCACCAGACAGCGACCUGAGCCGCUGGAGAGUCCGCCAUUUCACUGAGAGAUGGAGCUCAACAAGAGGCUUGCCACCGGUAUUGUCAUAGCCCGAUGGUCGGUCCGCCUGCAGCCAACUACAAUAGGUCCUGGCUGACCGUUCGAGGUUAAGGAUAUAAUAUUUCCGGCGGUCCAAUAGCCUCGUCGUCGCGCCGUGCUAAUAUUGAUCGCGGUGCUGGGUAUGAGUCAACGGCUGCUCGGCUUGCUCUCUCACUGGAUGUAUGAUGCAGUCGUGCUUCAGAUUCGCGUUCACGCCCGCCGCGCUGGAUAUGUGACUGGAUACACAUCGGCGGUGCUAGUCCCGUGAGAACAGAUCGGCCCUGCAGUCGUCCUCCCAGUUAGCCCAGCACACAAAUGGAGAUGAGAAUCAAGAACCACCCCCG